UGGUAGCGGAAGCUAUUAUUGGUCUUUUAAGCUGCGAUUUGAAUUGUACAUGUUGUGUAUUUGUUCUUCUCUUGUUUUUGUUUCGUUUGAUGAAAUGUUGUUGUUCUGUCCGACUUGUGGUAAUGUAUUGAUUGUCGAAGAAGGGCAGAAAUGUUACAGAUUCGCUUGUAAUACAUGUCCUUAUGUUCACAACAUUAACAGAAAGAUUACUAGUAGAAAGUAUCCCAAACUCAAAGAAGUUGAUGAUGUGUUGGGAGGAGCAGCAGCCUGGGAAAAUGUUGACUCCACAGCAGAGAGCUGCCCUAAGUGUGAGCACCCUAGAGCAUAUUUCAUGCAGCUUCAGACAAGAUCUGCUGAUGAACCUAUGACCACCUUCUACAAGUGCUGCAACCCUCAGUGUGGACACAGAUGGAGAGACUAAACUCUAGUGUCUUUAUUAUGGUGGUGCUGUACAUCCAGAUGGUUUCUUGCUGCGAGAAGAAUGGAGCUCUGUUUUUAUCCUUAUUCUGAUAGUAGAAAUACAAAUUUUACUGAAAUACAAAUUUUACUGAAUAUGACGUUGUUUUUCAAGUGUGGUAUUUAUGGGUACCAUAAUGCGUAAUUACUUGAAUAUCUUGGGAUUUAAGAAGUGGACAGCUACAACCAUUUUAGAUUCCUUCUCAAAUAAGUUUCACUUAUUCAUUUCUGAUGCCCACUGUAUUCUGUUUGAGGUCAUGGAGGAACCAGAUCCUGUUCUGGAAAGCAGUGGGUAUAAGGCACAGAACAGGUACUGGAAUGACACCAGUACUUUGCAUAAAAACUGCUGACGCAUGGGAAAUUUUGGAGUGCUCCAUUACAGCAAUUGGGAUGGGUUUCAUUGUGUGAGGAAAAUCUGUGACCUCAUUAAAAAAAUACAGACAUGGAGAGGGCAUGUAGACCUUCCAUAGAAGGCUGGGAACUAAACUAAAUAACAAAACUUUGAAACACUGUUUUGUCGCUCAUAAAUUAUGUAAAAACAUAUUUUAUGCAGUUUGCAGCUGUAGUAACUGCAUAUUAUGAUAAAAGACACUCCAAAAAGCUUCAUGUCUUUUCUAGAGAUGCUGACUUUUUUUUUUUAAUGGACUGUAAUGUAAAUAUUCUGAAGAUUUAAUACCAGAUAUACAGAGAAAUAAAUAAAAUCCUGUCAUAGUCUGCGUUUA